CUGGCGAUGAUCGGUUUGGCUUGGUCCAUCGAUAUGCUUUGGCCCUUGAUUAUUGUGAUUCCCUUUUGGCGUCUCGUUAUUCGGCCGGCUUUUGUUUCUAUGUACCGGGAUGUUUUGUUUCUUCUUUUCAUAAUCUGUACCUGGCGUUGUUCAUGUGGCGGUUGGGGAGUUUUCGACCAGAUCGGUCUGUUCGUUCCUUUCCUGGGAUUCCCAUUUCCUUAUCCUUUCUGAUUUCCCAUUCGAUAUCAAUUGCAGUUCUAACUCUGGCUCCGACCCUGGGGUCGGGUCACAUCUUUUUACCUCUUCCCAUCGUUCCUUUUCAUCAUUCCUUUGCAGUAUUCUUCUAUUACUAUACCAGUAUACCUAGCUCUGCUUCAGCGUUUACUCUGCCUCUGUCCCGUAUUUCCUUCAUCUUUACAUUUUGGCAAGUCCUGCUCUGGUUUUCUGUUUUCAUCUAGGUACUAGCCAGCUGCUGUGCCUGAUUUGUUUGCUAAUCACUGGAUCUCGUGUAUGUCUAUCGUACUAUCUACCUUUGUCGUAAUCCCGCUAGGCAGUACUUACAUCUGUUUCUUUUGAACCCG